GUGUAAGAUGAGUUCAGCCUGAAUCCGGGCCCUUCGUGUACACGUACAGUGCACUCAUAUAUCUCCCAUUUACAGCAUUUUCUAUGGACUUAAGAACGAUCUUAAUCAUUUUUUUGUUGCCUUAUCUUUUUCUAAGCGACGCGAGGCAAGAAAAUCACUUCCUGCGAUACGAGUUUACAGCGUUCUUCAAAUCAAGCACAUUUCCUGUGUUCAAAGCUGUCGGCGUCUGUUAUGACAGACAGAUCGCUCACUACAGUAAUAAUGAAAGAGUUUGGAUUAGAUCGAGUGUAAAUAACUGGAUCAAUGCUCCUGAAGCUCCACCUGGUUCUAGAGACUGGUUCCUCCAUCAGUUAAAAUCUCUGUCAAACUGCACAGACUUUCAGCGCUUUGAGCUCCAUGUUCUUCAGAGAGUAAUCGGUUGUGAACUAGAGAAAUCUCCUGAAGGAACAGUGAGUCUGAGAGCAUUUGAUGAAUAUGGAUUUGAUGGAGAGGAUUUUAUGUUCUUUGAUUCUGACACUCAGCAGUGGAUUGAUAAAAACCUCAAAGCUAAAGAAACCAAAAUGAAAUGGGAUCAGCAAACUGGACACAAUGAACAUCUGCACCGUUACCUGAAGACCUGCAUGAACUGGAUCUCCAGCUUUACCAACACAAAGAAGACUCCACCAGAUGUUCGUGUCUUUGUGAAGAAAGCUCCUGAUGAUCACAGUAAGCUGAAUCUGAUCUGUCUGGCCACUGGUUUCUACCCCAGAGAUAUUGAGAUGAACAUCAGAUUGGACAAAUCUGUUCUUGUGAACCAAACAUCUUCUGGAAUCAGACCCAAUACUGAUGGAUCCUUUCAGAUGAGAUCCAGUGUGAAGAUCGAUGCAAAUCACAAUGGGAUUUAUGACUGUCUGGUCAAACACAGCAGUCUGACUAAGACACGAGUGAUUGUAACACUAUAUCACCAGAUAUUAAGUGCAGAAUCUCAGUGGUUUCUUAUAACAGGAAUAAAAUCAUCAGCAGCUGUAGUUAUAUUUCUCCUUGUGAUUGGUUACUGCAUCUACCAAAAGGAAAAGUCAAAUGCUCUGACGAGAAGUUACCCAGUUAAGUUGGAGUGAUUGUUCAGAUCCCCGGUCCAGCGAGUGAGAGUUACGUUUCAAAACAUCAAAAGUGCUCUUAGACACAUUUUAUUCACUAUUAUUAGCAGUUGCACACAUAACCUAAAAGAUCAAUGUCACAGUGUAACACUCUUCAGGGCAAUACAUCAUCUACAGUUCUGUACGUGUUAUUAUUGUGGAACACUAUAGUGAUAUACAUACUGUAUACAGAUCCUGUAACUUGAAUAAUUAUGAUCGUGGUGCUAGCUGUAAUCCUAGCUUUAGCUCAGGGAUCUAAUAUAUAAGUGUUUGACACAUACAAAAGAUGCAAGUUUGUAAAAUGCAUUGUGUUCUGUGUGUAAUAUCAUGAAUAAAUGUAUGAAGUGUGA